AUGUAUUAUUUUAUUAAUUUAUUUUUUAUUAUAAUAAUAACAAUUAAUUGUCAACAAAUAGAUCAAAUUGUUGAAUGUAAUUAUAAAGAUUUAACUUCAUAUCAAUUAGAUACAAUGAGUCUUCGUGAUCAAGAACAACUUGCUAAAAAAAUUUUAAAUGAAUAUGAUAAAAAUUUAACAACACUUGCUUAUAUAACAUCAUCAUCAGAAUUUGAAACACAUUUAUAUUUAAAUGAUCUAAAUAUAAAACGUAUAACGGAUAAAUAUUAUGAAACUUAUCGUGAUUGUUUAAAAACAAUUGCAAUAGUUGGUAGACAAUUUAAAAAUUUAAUACAUCAUCAAAAUUCAUCAUUACGUUGGUUAUUAAUACGUACACAAGCUAUUGGUGAUGCUGCACAAAAUGAUACAACCAUUAAAUUUGAUAUACAAAAAUUCAAAGCUCGUAUUAAAGAAAUUUAUCAGAGAAAAAUUAAUUGGGAUAAUACAUCAAUAGGGAUUGAUGAAGUACAAGAAAUACUUGGCACACUUAAUUCACCAAAUGAUCUUCUUUCAUUAUGGAAUUCAACUUAUGAUGUAGCUGCACCAAUGCGUGAUUAUUAUUCAACAUUGAUUGAUUUACAAAAUCAACAGGCCAAACAGAAUCAAGUGAAUGAUAGAAGUGAAUUAAUAACAAAUGCUGAAGAACGUCGUCUUGUUGAACAAUUAUGGCAAGAAUUAAAACCAUUACAUGAACUUGUACAUGCUUAUGUAAGACAACAAAUGGCUCGACUUUAUCCUGGACUUGUUCAAUUAGAUGAACCAAUACCAGUACAUUUAACUAAAGAUCUAUUUGGUUCAAUGAUGACAUAUCUUGAACAUGAUAUACUUCCAUUUCCACAUAUAAAAGGCAUUGAUUUAGGUCCGGCAAUGAAACGAAAGAAUUUUACUGAAAAAAAAAUUUUUCAAUAUGCUGAUGAAUUUUUUGUUUCAUUAAAUUUAACACGUGUACCAGAUAAAUUUUGGAAUUUAUCUAUAUUUAAAAAAAUUCCUAAUCGUCAUAUGGCUUGUCAUCCAACAGCAUUUGAUCUAUAUAAAUAUGAUGAUGUUAGAAUUCGUAUGUGUACAAGUAUGACAUCACGUGAUUUUUAUGUUGUUCAUCAUGAAAUGGGUCAUAUACAACAUUAUCUACAAUAUAAAACUUUACCAUUUUGGUUUCGUCGAUCACCACAUGGUGCAUUUAGUGAAGCUAUUGGUGAUGCAAUUGCAUUAGCAACAAUGUCUCCAACACAUUUAAAACGAAUUGGUUUACUUGAUAAUUAUACAUCAUCGAGAGAGGAUAAUAUAAAAUUUUUGGUAUCACAAGGUUUAAGUAGACUUUUUUUACCACCUUAUGCAUAUGCAAUUGAUCUUUGGCGUUGGUCGGUUUAUAAUGGAUCAAUUCAACCAUAUGAAUAUAAUCGACGUUAUUGGAAUCUUAUAUGUCAAUAUCAAGGUAUGAAACCAGCAAAAAUUCGUGAUGAAAGAUAUUUUGAUGCUGGUACUAAACUUCAUGUAGCGUUUGAUUUAUCUUAUAUAAAAUAUUUUCUUGCACAUGUUUUUCAAUUUCAAAUAUUUGAUAUUUUAUGUCGUGAAGCUGGUCAUCAAGGACCAUUACAUCUAUGUGAUUUACAUGGUUCACAUGCAGCUGGAAAAAAACUCAAAAUUUUACUUGGAUUGGGUUCAUCAAAACCAUGGGAAGAUAUAUUAGAAGAAUUUGCUGGUGUAAGAACAUUUUCAGCUAAAUCAUGUUUAAAAUAUUUUGAACCACUUCGUAAUUAUCUUGAAGAAUUAGUUGCAAAAGGUGAAUUAAAUGUUGGAUGGAAAUGUCCAAUAAAUAAUUGUUCAACAAGAUAUUUUAUUCGAAGAAAUAUUUAUUUGAUUUUACUAAUAAAAUUUAUGUUUUCAAUUAUUUUUUUUCAUUUGUAA